AUGAGGACCCGGUCUGGGGGCCGAUGUGCUCCAUCAAAUUCCACACGCCAUGAUUCUCCUGGUCCCGAUCCGGAUGCAUCGUCAGGAGGGCAGCAGCAUGGCAGCAGCCACAAUGGGUCUUCGUCAUCGUAUCCAUUCACGCAAAAGGCGACGUCACAGAAGAAUACCUCAGGACCUCAGAGUAGCGCAACGCAAAGGGCGAAUACGCCGUUCUGUACUCAGCGGUAUCUGCUAGGGCUGCAAAAGGGUGGGCUGUUGGAUGACCAGUGCCCAAAUGUGAGCUUGCACCGCCAGGGUGGCGAAAGCAGUCAUCAUCCCAUCAGUGCUGAAGAGUUGGUCAAACAGAUCCGACAACAGCUUGAAGAUGACAUCGAUGACUGUACACCGAUGGGCGAGUGCGGGUCUUAUGGUGCUCCAUUCAAGAUCACGAGUGCUCUUUGGGGAUACACCAUCGUUGGCAAAGGCACCACAACCAGGCUGUGGGGCGAAGUCUCUCGGGAGGCUGACGUGUAUCGUAUCUUGGCUCGAUUGCAGGGGUCUGCGGUUACUGUGUUCCUUGGUCCGAUUGAUUUGGCCAAGAUGUAUUUCUUGCACGGAGCGGGUCCCAUCAAGCACAUGCUGCUCAUGGGUUGGGGAGGCGAGCCUAUUAAGGAAGUUGAUCCUCUGAGACGUGAGUAUUCACGAUCCAUAAACGAAAUCCUCGCGCUCGGGGUCGUACAUCAGGACCUCCGUCCAGCUAAUUUGUUGUGGAAUGCCGAGCUCGGCCGAGUCCUGAUCAUCGAUUUCCAUCGUUGCCAGUUGGACCCACGCCCAGACCGCAAGCGAAAGCGGGAAAAGAAGCAUUCGCGUGGAAGGCGUAGAACCCGUGAGGGAGAGCAGCCUGGGGUGAUCUCGUGA